AACGUCUGUAUAAGCCGCUUAUUAAAGAAGCUUAAUACAAAGUAUACUAAGUUUAUAGUAAUAGAAGUCGUAGGUUUAUAUAGCUACCGGCUUAAUACCUUACUAGGGAUCUAUAACGUGUUCUCUUUUAACCUUCUACGCCUAGUGUCGUAUAAUCUGUUCUUAUUACAAGAGGUUACUAACAAUUAG